AGACCCGUGAACAUCCGGGUGGAUGGUAUAUCAGCGCUAGCGAAUUCUGAUACCAUCGCUCAACAUUUUUGGUAGCAGAGCGUGGUUGUUUUUAUUGUAUUAAUUUUUUGGUUCACACUCUAUAGGUUAAUUUUUGUUUUCUAUUGCUUAUAAUAUAUCAUGGCGCCCGACACCCUUAGUGAUAGUGAACGGUCGGAGCGGUUACUUAAACGGUGUAUCAUGCGUCGGGAUGGUGCUAUCCAAGAUAUGAAUGAUUUACAUAAGCUAGCGGUAAAGGCAAAGGGUGAUAUAUCGUGUAAAGCGUUAUUUUUUGCUCGCAAGGCUGACAUUGAACAAUUUAUGGCAGAUAUUACGGUAGAACAAGACACAAUUAUGGACGCGUUGUUGGACGCGGGUCGGGACAGCGAAUAUGUAAAUAUACACGCUCCAUUGAUUCGGGAGGUUAAAAAUCAAUAUUAUUUCAUUCAUGCCACAGCACAAGAACUGACCGUUGAACCUCAACCUGUACAAAAUGUUCGUACCAACCUCCAUUUGCCAAAAAUAAAGUUACCGUCAUUUAGUGGGGAUAUUCUACAGUGGCCAACCUUCCGUGACAAGUUCGUUGCGUUAGUCGAUUCAGAUCCCGACUUAUCCCCAAUCGAAAAGUUCCACUUAUUAGCAGGUUGUGUUACUGACCGGGCUGCCACCGUGGUUAACUCGUUGAAAAUGACAGAUAUGAAUUAUCCAAUUGUGUGGCGAAAGUUGAUUGAUCAGUUCGACAAUCCUCGUCUAUCUGCCUCGACAUUAGUAGACGGACUUUUGAGCUUCCGCCGAAUGGAAUUUGAAACCGUUCCAGGUUUAUCAGCGUUCUUACAUGUUUUUGACGAAAGCCUGCAAUCGUUAAAAAUGUUCGACAUCGAAGAUGUGUCUAGUUUUAUUAUGUUUGUAUUAGCAAAUAAAAACCUUCCACGUGGUACGCGGGAAUUAUUUGAAAAGGAGAACUCCAACACUUUUCCUGGUAUUGAAGAUUUGGUAAAAUUCGUUCGAUGUCGUAUAAAAAUCUUGGAAAAUAUUGAUGGUGCGGCAGGUAAGCACAUGCCUAAAGACAAAUCAAACGGUAGGUUCAGUGGCAAGCCCACUGGUAAGUUGAUGAUGGUAUCAGCACAGGGCGAUGCAAACCCCAAAUGUCCUAUUUGUAAAGCACCUCAUGAUAUACAAGUAUGCACAGAGUUCUUAUCUAUGCAAGCUCCGAAGCGGUUUAAGAUGAUAACUAGUUUCCGUCGGUGUUUCCGAUGUUUGAGUGCUACUCAUGUAUCAUCAGCCUGUACCAGUGACGUUUUUUGUGUUACAUGUAAGGGGUCACAUCACAGUUUACUACAUUUCCAAAAAUCUAGGGUCAGACCACCAUCAGUCAAUGGUGGGAGUUCAGCCUCGGCACCAAGUGGCAUGAAUCGUGGGGCAUCACCUAGCCCUGUAUCGACCAGUGCCGUAUCUCAUGUUGGGAAAAUGGGACCAUCCACGGUAGUUUUGGGAACAGCCCUGGCUCAUACCCGUGAUCGGUUCGGUCAAACCGUGGAUGUACGGGUUUUAGUUGAUUCAGGGUCGCAAAUUAGUGCUAUAACCGAAUCAUGCGCCCACCACCUCGGAUUAACUAUUACAAAAUGGACGGUCCCAGUGUCAGGAUUAGCCGGUGUUACGCUACCCACAGUGAAGGGUUUAACUUCGUGUACCAUUACACCUAGGUUCGAAAGUAAUACCGAACUCGAGGUCAACACAUGGGUGUUACCAACCAUAACUGUAAAUUUACCGACGUCACCACUUCCAGCAUCCAUCAAAAGUUCAUAUGCUCAUUUAGCGCUGGCCGACCCCAAGUUUGACAUUCCAGCGACAAUUGACUUGUUGUUAGGCGCGGAUUUAUAUAAUCAUGUGUUCGACGGAAAGCAGUAUUCUGAAGAAGGUAAUCCCACGGCGUAUAGUUCUAUAUUUGGAUGGAUUCUUAUUGGUCCGGUGUAUCCUGCCGCAGCUUCCUAUCAUCAAGCUGUUGUUGUUUCGUUGGCGACCUCAUUAGAGGAUAUGGUUCGGAAAUUCUGGGAAGUUGAUGAACCAACGACCGCGCCAAGUGAAACUACUGAAGACGGAUUUUGUGAAAAGUUAUUCUUCGAACACACUAUGAUAGAUCGAUCCGGUCGGUAUAUAGUUCCGUUGCCGUUUCGAGACGCUAAUCCGCAAGAAAUGUUGAAAGGGACUAGGAACAUAGCCCAAAAGCGAUUCUUAAAUUUAGAACGAAGAUUAAUUUUAAAUCCUACCUUGUAUGAGGCGUAUCGUGACUUUAUGGCUGAGUAUGUCAGGUUAGGGCAUAUGCAAGUGGCUAACACUCCUGGCGAUUACAUCAUUCCACAUCAUGCCGUCACCAAGGACGAAAAUGGGAAAUUGAAGAUCCGUGUAGUAUUCGACGAGUCUUCCCGAUCCUCAGGUGGACACUCAUUGAAUGAUGUACUUUUGACGGGUCCGAAACUCCAGAAUGACAUCACAGAUAUUUUGUUAAGGUUUCGUUUUCCGCGAUUUGUUUUCGUGGCCGAUAUUUGCAAAAUGUAUCGGCAAAUACUCAUUCGACCAGAACACCGAUCGUUUCAGCAUAUUCUGUGGCGACCGUCCCCUGCUGAUGAACUGAUUGAAUAUGAACUCAACACCGUAACGUAUGGGACCGGACCUGCUCCAUACUUAGCCAUCAAAGUGUUACAUCGGGUGGCCGAGUCGUGUCGUGCCAAACAUCCAAAGGUACAUGAAGCGUUGUUCCAUAAUACUUAUGUAGAUGAUGUGUGUGCGGGUGAUGAUGUUCUCGAUGGUGUGUUAGACUUACAAAGAGAUCUAAUGGCAGUGCUGGCCAAACAUGGGUUCGAGCUGAAGAAGUGGACUAGCAAUUGUGACGAAGUAUUAGCCCGGAUAGAUCCAUCCUCACGCUCGGAAACUACCAUACCGUUUGAAAAUUCUGAGGACGCAUAUGUACGAGUCCUUGGAUCACAUUGGGAUCCCGCUCAUGACGUGAUUGGUUAUCAUGUGUCAUCAGAACUAGGCGUAUAUACCAAACGAGGAGUGUUGUCCGUAAUUGCCAGGUUGUAUGACCAGAUUGGUAUGCUGGCACCAGUCACCUUUUGGGCCAAAGAUCUUUUGCAGCGAUUAUGGAAAUUAGGACUUCAUUGGGAUAGUGAAUUACCACCUGAUCUACUAAAUCAGUGGCGGACGUACUUGGAAGAUCUUCCUGCCGUGUCUCAAUCCACGUUGCCUAGACAUAUUGACAUUGUCUCGGCUACCGAAAUACAUUUGUGUGGAUUCUGUGACGCUUCGAAUAAAGGCUAUGCGGCGGUGGUCUACAUACGGGUAUAUACCCGUAGUACCAUUAACAUAUAUCUCUUAGGAGCAAAGUCGAAGGUAGCCCCGGUCAAGAUCAUGACUACGCCCCGCUUAGAGUUAUGCGGUGCACUGUUAUUGGCCAAGUGGAUGGAUCGCUUGAAAACCGCAUUGGAACCCCAGGUAAAUAUUGACAAGAUGUAUUCCUGGACCGACUCAUCAAUCGUCUUAUCUUGGUUGGUAUCACCUCAAAUUAAUUAUAAAAUAUUUGUGACCAAUCGAAUCGCUAAAAUCAGGCAAUUACUUCCCGAUUGUCAAUGGAAUCAUGUACCAUCCGAAGACAAUCCAGCGGACUGUGUUUCUAGGGGGCUAUUAGCGUCACAAUUAGCGAAAUAUACGCUUUAUUGGAACGGGCCUAAGCUGUUAAGGGAUCUGGAACCAACAGAUGGUCAGUUUAUUCCCAUACCUCCAGAUGAAUUGCCUGAGUUAAAGUCACACGGUCCCUUGGUCUCGCUAGUCAAUACAACAAGCGACUUCGCGGGAAUUAUCUCCCGAUACUCGUCCCUAUCGUGUGCGCAACGGGUGUUUGCAUUGGUAUGGCGUUUUAUUGCUAAAACGAAGAAAUGCCAGCCAGGCAACGGACUUAUUCAUCGGUCAGAGUUGCAGAAAGCCCUAGACACGCUAGUGUACAUGACCCAACGACAAUACUUUGGGACAUGGAUGGAAAAAUUACAUGAUAGCCCCCCGAGUAACAUUCCUAAUUCCUUCCGAAAAUUGAAGCCAUACCUUGAUGAGUGUGGGAUCAUUCGAGUUGGAGGUCGACUACGAAAUUCAAAUUUGAGUGAACAUGCCAAAUUUCCUAUGUUGGUGCCCAAAGGGUCACAUAUAGCGUCUCUGAUUUUACAACAUUAUCAUCGUUGUUAUUUACAUGCAGGACCACGUGCGCUGGGCUCCGUAGUUUCUCAAGUAUUCUGGAUUACUUCAGCUCGAAACGAAAUUCGUAAAGUUAUUCACCGAUGCAUCACAUGCACCAAAUGGGCUGCUGUUCAUCCACAACCUAUCAUGGCGGAUCUCCCCACUUCAAGGAUUACACCAAGUCGCCCAUUUUGCCACGUCGGCAUAGAUUAUGGAGGUCCGUUUAUAGUCCGGGAAAGCCGCCGACGAAAGGCAAGAGAAUACAAGGCGUACAUGGCGUUAUUUGUGUGUUUUGCUACGAAGGCUGUCCAUAUUGAGACUGUAACAGAAUUAUCGACCGAAGCAUUUUUAGCGGCAUUUGAUCGCUUCAUUGCUCGGAGAGGAUCGCCUACCGAUGUUUAUACCGACUGCGGUACUAACUUCGUAGGAGCAGAACGGCAAUUACAAACAUUAUUAGGACUAGAAAAAGAACAGUCCAUCAUAAUCAAUGACACCACUUGCAAUUGGCAUUUUAAUCCACCGGCAGCACCUCAUUUCGGAGGGCUAUGGGAAGCUGGGAUUAAGUCAGCCAAAUUCCACUUGAAACGAGCAAUCGGUACUCAAGUACUCACAUUUGAGGAACUAACAACCUUGCUGACUAGAGUUGAAGGUAUCUUAAAUUCUCGUCCAUUGACACCGUUGUCCUCAGACCCGAGUGAAAUUGAUUGUCUCACCCCUGGACAUAUUUUAAUCGGACAACCACUCAUGGCAUUACCAGAGUUAGACCUCACGUUAACCAAACAAAAUUGUCUCACUCGUUGGCAACUCUUGCGCCAAUGUAACCAGCAGUUUUGGCAUCGAUGGUCACACGAGUACCUGUCUACCCUACAAGUUAGAUCCAAGUGGACUUCGCCUGGAAGCACUUUGGCAGUAGGAGAUGUCGUGAUUAUCAAAACACCACAUACGCCGCCGACCGUUUGGCCAACAGGUCGCAUAACCGAGGUCCACCCAGGCAAAGACGACGUCGUCCGUGUGGUCACCCUAAAAACCGCAAAAGGAACUACCAAACGUCCGGCCGUUCAAUUGGUUAAACUCCCAACCGAUGCCUAACCCCGUUCCUC